AUGGCCCUGAUGCUGGGAGAUGAAUACAGGACGCAGGGGUAUGAGCUGGUACUGGUUGAUGAUCUUUCACAAGUAAACUUGUCUGACUGGCAAGACCGUGAUGUAUGUGUGAUAGUUGAUGACAUAUUUCAGAAGGCUCGAUCACAUAUGGAUGUGCCUCGUCUUACACACAUUCUGUAUGACCUCCAUCUGUACCUCGCAAAGUGCAAGGACAGGUCUGAGAGACGAUAUGAGAGUAUGCAGCAGGAGUCGGGAGAGGAAGAAAGAAGAGACAAUCAGCAGCUGAACCUCAGUCAGCUUGAGACUGAAUCUGACAACCCAGACCUGGAUGCCCACAUCAAGACAGCUCUGUCCUUUGUGAAGACGUCAACCAGACAAGAUGUAGCUGAGGCUAUCAGAGUAUCAUCUGGAAAGAAGAACACGUUCGACCUUCUUUUGUCAAGAAAUGCGGACAUCAACCUGACUGAUGAUGGCAACAACAGCCUGCUUCAUGUGGCUUGCCAGUCGGACGAUACAUCUAUUUUAGAGUAUCUACUUACACGGCUUGACAUCAACAGGCUGGGAAAACAUGGCUGGACACCAGUUAUGAAGGCAGCUGUGAAUGGAAGGAAGGACGUAUUUGACCUGCUUGUGAAAGAGAAAGCAAAUCUUGAACUGAUUGACGACAGUAGUAACAAUCUCCUCCAUCUUGCAUGUCACGGCGGAAAUGCCUCCAUUGUGAAAUACUUACUCCCACAGUUUAACAUCAACAGUCGUGGAGGCAAUGGCUGGACGCCAGUGAUGUAUGCUGCUGUCAAUGGAGACAGUGAUGUGUUCCGCCUGCUUGUGUCAAAGGAUGCUGAUCUCUCCCUGGAAGAUGACUACAACAACUCGGCAUUUCAUUUGGGAUGUAUCGGAGGAAACAGAACCAUAGUGAAAGAUCUACUGCUAAAAGCUGAUAAGAACAGUCAGGGAAACCUUGGGAGAACAGGAAUCAUGAAGUCUGCUUGGGCAGGCAAUGCUGAUGUUUUCAAACUCCUUGUGUCAAAGAAAGUUGAUCUCAAAACAGUUGAUGAUAACAAUGAUACUAUACUUCACCUUGCCAGUCAGGGAGGAAACUGCUCCAUUGUUGAAUAUUUGAUAGAGAAACAGUUUGACAUAAAUUGUCGUGGAAAAAACGAUUUGACAACAGUGAUGUAUGCAGCAUUGUCUGGAAAGAAAGAUGCAUUUGAACUACUUUCUUCAAAACAAGAUGCAAUGUCCGCAUACAAUGUAUAUCGUGACACAAUACUUCACUUGGCAUGUGAAGGCGGGACUAUAUCCAUUGUACAAUCACUUCUUUUGAUAAUAGAUGUAAACAUUCGGGGAAAGAAUGACCGGACUCCAGUCAUGGCUGCAGCUGUGGCAGGGAAGAAGGAUGUGUUUGACUUUCUGAUUUCAAAGAAAGCUGAUCUCACACCGACUGAUGACAACAAAAACAACAUUCUUCAUCUUGCAUGCCGGGGUGGAAAUACAUUCAUCAUAGGGCAUCUCAUACCACUGUUUGACAUGAACAGUCCUGGAGAAGAUGGAUUGACACCAUUAAUGAUGGGAGCUCUCAGUGGGAAGAAGGAAGCUUAUGAUCUGAUUGCAAGAAAAGGGGGUAAUCAAUCAUUAACUGCCUCUGAAAAUGAUAUUGUUCUUCAUGCAGCCUGUCUUGGGGGUAAUCUAGCCACUGUAAAGGAGGACAAUAUGGGCCUCACACCUGUCAUGACGGGUGUACUGCACAGAAAAGCUGCCGUUGUCAAAUACCUGACAAACAGAGGCACGGAUCUGACUUUAGUUGACAACACGGGAGACGAUGCUCUUACUCUCGCCCUGAAACACGGUAACAGACAAAUCAUAAAACAACUCCACAGAAAACAAGUCCAGCAAGUGGCACCGUGGAGUGAGCUAAUGAAGUCCCUGGUCAGGGGGGAAGUAGUUUUCCUGAAGACCUACAGUCGAGGGAGUGCUGACCUGGUUCAGACAGAUCAGGAUGGAGACAGUUUACUACAUCUUGCCUGUCGAGGAGGCAACAGAUGGUGUGUGGAGUAUCUGCUCCCAUCCUAUGACGUCAAUGUCCGUGGUCGCUAUGGCUGGACACCGGUGAUGAUGGCGGCUGCGUGUGGACAUGAUGAAGUGAUCCAUCUACUGGUGUCUCACGAUGCAGAUCUCACUCUGGUCUCUGACACUGGAGAAACUAUUCUCAGCCUUGCUCAGCGGGGAGAGUGCAGUGUUGCAAUCACAAUUCUAAAACGGAAUGCCUUGCCAUCCCAUUCACUGAGAGUAGAAGUGUGGGAAGGAACCCCCGUUUAA